AUGUGUUUUGAUGUCAUUUCAGAUAAUGAAGUGGAGAAACUCUGUAAUUUUCAGGCGAUUGUACGCCGCCUGAACCUGCGCAAAGACAGUCUUAAGUACACUAUGAGCCGGCCCAUUAUAAACAACAGCCAUCAUACAGAUGUGUUGCUUGAAAUGAAACUCUAUGCCAUCCUGGAUAUGAGAGAAAUUGACCAGACCUUAAUUUCUUACAUUUGGGUUUAUUUGGAAUGGACAAAUGAGUACAUUAAGUGGGACCCAAAUCAAUUCUGUGGAAUUAAGGAUAUGACAAUUCCUACUGCAUAUUUGUGGAUGCCCGAUAUAACUAUUGUAGAGAUGACAGAGAAGGAUAAAGCCUCUCCGAGUCCUUAUCUCUGCGUCAACCACAAUGGUGUGAUCGAAUACAGGAAUGACCAGGUGGUGGUGAGCACCUGCAAGCUGCACGUGUACAAAUUCCCCUUUGACUUUCAGAAGUGCAACAUAUCCUUCAAGUCUAUUAUGUACUCUGAUGCAGAAAUAAAGUUACAGCCCGACAACAGCAAUAAAACAGUCACAGAGUGGUCUCGUGACUUUAUGCAGACACAGUAUGAGUGGCUCUUUGUCAACAUGUCAGUCACCAACAGAACUGUCAAUGAGUUUGACUUCAAUCAGCUUAUGGUUGUCUACACUAUUACCAUGAAGAGGAGGUCUGUCCUCUACAUUGCUAAUUUCUUGCUGCCAGUCUUCUUCUUCUUGGUUCUGGACAUGGCCUCCUUCCUUGUAUCAGACAGUGGAGGUGAGAAACUUGGCUUCAAAAUCACUGUGCUGCUUGCUGUCACGGUGAUGCAGCUUCUUCUCAAUGAGAUCUUGCCCAGCUCUUCAAACAGAAUUCCACUUAUAGCUGUCUACUGCAUUGGGGGGUUUUCUCUGAUGCUGCUCAGCCUCUUGGAGACAAUUUUGGUGAUGCAUCUGCUUGACAAAGACUCUGCAGCCCAAGAUAAUGAGACAGAUGGAAUCCAAGACAUAAAGAGAAAUAGUCAUUGUGCCUCUGUCUCUGGGGUAUCUGCUGAGGAAACACCAUCUGUGUCUUUGUCUGUAUCAUCUCUGACCCAAAAGGGUAGCAGCAGUAAACUGACAGAGGUGGCCUUUGCUCUGGAAAAAGUGUCAGAUGAGCUGCGGGAGACUGGGAAAACAGUGACUCUACUCAGCAGCAACAGGAAGUCUGGCUACUGGACAAGAAUGGUUAAAAAAAUCAACAAGUAUUUUGUGAUUUUUUAUUUGACAGCAGUCACUGUGUUCUUAGCAAUCAUGUUUUCAAUGUGGAUCGAUGUUGAAGACUAG